AUGCGAAUCAAUGUCCUGCUAGAGGAUGGCCCUACAGGAAUCAGAUGGAUAAUCAACGACCGCGAGCCGGUUAUUCGCCGAGUAGUUUGGUUCUUCUUCACCACUUUCGGAAUUUAUUACACUUGGGCGGUGGUGUACAAAAAUGUCAACAUCUAUUCAAAAUACACAAGUUCCAUGGUCACCGUCUAUCGCCAGGGCGUAGAUGGACGAAGUGUGGAAUUUCCGCGAGUAACAACGUGCUUGAACUCGAUGCACAGUAGAAUGGUUCUAAAUCACAUUCACGAAGAUUUAAUGACAAUUAUUCGACCACUUUAUCUUCGCGGCAGCGCAAUCGACGACAAAGUUAAUUGGGAGCUGAUCAAGAGUUCCGAAGCAUGGAAAAAGGAACGUGAAAACACUUUCCUCGAUCUUGAGAAGAGUCGAAUUCUCUUUGAAAAUGGUUUAGACAAUCCGUUCGAGCGGCCAAAUAUCGUUGCGCAUACGUCUCGUUUCCAAGUCAACAACCAAAUCGGCGUCCCGGUGAACCGCAUCCAACAAGCUCACAAAAAGUUCCUCGGGCAUCCCUACUCACGCUGCACUGAAAAGGUCCUCAACUCGACCAAAGAGUGGCCGUACACGUGA